AUGUCGUCGAUGAUAUCAAACAGAAAACGGCCCAGAAGGUUCUCUGAUUCCUUUGAGUCGGGACCAAAAGGGAGCAACAGCGGGAAGGGAACCACUGCCAAUUCCAAUGGAACAAACGUUGUUGGAGGAGGACCCGGUGGAGCUGAUACGACUUCUACCGCUGCCGCUGUAGCUGCUGCGACUGCCGCUGCCGCCGCCGCUGCUGCUGGGGUUGUUCCUGUAGGGCAACAACAACAAUCACAGAGUUCUAUGGUGGUCGAUCCCUCAGAUUCUCAAUCGGUUGCUGAUACGACGGGAUCCAACACGGGACUUCUACGUGCCAGCAAAAGAACUUCCACUGUUGGUGCUAGUCGAUCCGAGAUAGGUGAAUCGACCGAGGGUCCUACUUCUUCUGCUGGUCGGGUGUACCUUAUAGAUGAAGAAGAUGACGAUGAAAUAGAAGAAACAAAUCUUCUCUAUGGGAAGACCAAUUUGCAAUCAUCAUUGACUCCUCGAAAAUCGUAUCUGGGUAACGGAUCCAAACCCUUGAUGAGGAGAUCAGGAAUAGUAUCACGUAAUAGAAACAUUGGCUAUGGAUACGAGGAUGAAAUGGAGAACGACGUAGAUUAUGAUAAUGAUGGAGAGGAAGAAGAAGAAGAGGAGGAAGAGGAAGAAGAUGAUAUGAUUUUUUAUGACGAGUCAGUAAAACCACCAAUGCCUCGGAAGCCUAAUUCUGCGUUUCUGCUGGGGGGGGUACGGUUGGGUAAACGUAGGAGUCAAAGUUUCAGAAUGUCGUCGAGCGCUAAUGCCAGAGAUAGAGAUAGACCUAAAGCUUCCAAAAGAAAUAAUUCUGAUCCUAUGAUUUAUUUUGGAACUGAUGCCAUUGCUGCUUAUAAUUUGUUCAAUGUUAAUAAUGACACUGUCCAUGGUGGUGAAACAGUAGGACCACUUGAUACUUCAUCAAUGUCUUCUGUAUCGUCUUCAGGAAUUAACGGCUUCAGUUUUAGCAACGGACGUCACCAUCCAGUUAGCAACUCCAUUCUGGCAGGUUCAUCAGCAACUUCUUCAUUACAGACAUCUCCGGUAGCCAUGAUGCCCCGGAAACAACGGACCAAUAGUUUGCCUCAGUUGCCUCAAGUUAAGUGCUUUUAUCAUAAGAUACCUGACAAUUAUAUUUUGCAACAUCCCAAAGUUGGAGAUGUUAAAACAGAAGUCAUUGGUCCAGUUCAUGAUCAUCAACCAUGUGAUGAUGAUGACGGGCAUUACAUCAUCAAAGUCAAUGAAAUGUUUGCAAACAGGUUUGUGAUUUUGAAGCUAUUGGGUCAAGGUACAUUUGGUAAAGUGAUUGAUUGUUACGAUGAAUUGAACAAACAACGUGUUGCUGUUAAAAUCAUUCGGAAUAUUCCAAAGUAUAGGGAUGCAGCAAAAAUUGAACUUCGUAUUCUUCUGACCAUAAAGAAGUUUGACAAUGAGAAUUUGAAUCAUUGUAUUCAUCUCCGUGAAUGUUUUGAUUUCAGAGGUCAUAUUUGUAUUGUUACUGAUUUGAUGAAGAUUUCAUUAUUUGAUUUCUUAGAGAAGAAUAAGUAUAUUGCCUUCCCUGGGUCCCAUAUACAAGCAAUUGCCAAACAAUUGAUUCGGUCAGUGACUUUCCUUCAUGAUUUAAACUUGAUUCAUACAGAUUUAAAACCAGAGAAUAUCUUACUUUAUGAUGAUUCUUAUGUCAGGAAAAGAUUAUAUUCCUCUACAAUUAUUAAUUCAUUUAUACGUCAGGCUUCGUCUAUGUCAAAUAAGACUCUGAUAGGGAAUGGGAAUGAUUCCGGUGCUGGCACCAGAGCUCGCAAGGUACCAAAGACAUCCAAAGUACUUAAUAAUCCGUCUAUUCUGAUUAUAGAUUUUGGCCUGGCAAUAUUUAAUGAUGAAUAUCAUGCUGCAAUUGUCCUGACACGCCAUUACCGUGCACCUGAGAUUGUUUUGGGAACAGGCUGGUCCUUUUCCUGUGAUAUGUGGAGUGUUGGAUGUAUUAUGGUGGAGUUGAUUAUUGGAGAAGCUUUAUUCCGCACACAUGAUAACUUGGAGCAUUUGGCUAUGAUUGAACGGGUAUGUGGAUAUCCUAUAGAUAGAACCAUGGUUCGAACACUGAAGCAGAAUGAAAAUGAGUGUGGAUUAAUGUAUUUUACAGACGAAGUAAGAGGUGUUGGUAGGAUGAGUGAUGAUGAAUAUGAUGAAGACGAUGAUGUCUUGAACGAUAGUUCUGAAGAUGACAACAUUUUGGAUUCUCAAAGAGAUGACGAUGAUGACCUUGUUGAUGACGAAACGGAUGAUAUACUUGAUGAUGAUGACGAAGAAGCAGAUGAUGAUGAUGAUGAUGGUGAUGAUGACGAUGAUGAUGAUGACAUCAUUAUUGAUCAAAAGAAAACUCGGGAAAAUUCCCUUAAAUUGAUAUUCCCAUCAUCACGGACCCCCAAAGAAUUCGUUACUAAUGUUAAUCUUUUGAAACGUAUUGAUUUGUUCAUUAGUGAACGCAUAGGCUUGCACAUUGACUUUGACUAUUCACUCUCACAUAACUACGACGUGAAUAAAGACAAGAUUGAGUUUGGGAACUUUGUUUUCUGGUGGUUCUUAUUGGAUUUGUUACGCAAACUACUUGUAAUCAACCCAAAUGAAAGAAUCACCGCCCAAGAAGCUAUGAAUCAUCCAUGGUUUAAUUUGGGUAUUGUUGAUGAGGGAACUACCUAA